CAGAGCGCGCUCCAAGUACUACGUGUUGGCGCGUUGAUGGCCGUGCUGCCGCGGCGCCCCCGCCUCGUAGCGCUGGUGCAGCUCGCCGUGGCGCUCUGGCUGGCGGCCACGAGCGGCUACCACUGCCGGCACGUCCUGCUGCCGCCCCCCUGCAUUCUGCCAACACCGCCGUCCCCUCCGCCGCCGCCGCCGCCGUACACCCCUGCUCCUCCUCCUCCGCGACGCCCUUUCCCUCCGUUCUGCCGUUUCGGUCCGUUCUGUCCGCCGCAUCGCAUGCCGCCGGUCUGCCCGCCUGAAGGCUGCGUCUCCGGCCACGGCCUGCCUUAAACUUUCACAAUCAUCGUCAUCACUCAUCGUCUAGUUGAGAUCCCACACAAAACAUCUACUACUACGUACGUAUAUGGAUGGAUGCGAUGAGGUAGCCUAAACACACUCGUCAAAAUAAAAAGGAAAAAAGAAAAGCAUUACCUCGUCUCUGGCCCACUGGUCAUAUAUGUGUUUGAAUAAACCAUGUAUCGAUCAGAGUUACAGAGGCUAUAUAUGUAUUUGAAUAAGUGUGGUUGAGAACUUUAAGAUGUACUGAAGCCAACGAAGCUACUACAUACGUCUUCGAAAGCUGUUGAACUAGGUUUUUAAAAUUAUAACCGAGUUUUCAGAAACGUUUAA